AUGAACGAAGAUGCGGCAAUACAGGCCAUCAAGGGCAAAAUCGACCGCGAAAAGGCCAUCAUCAAUGCCGCCAACCAGAUGCGGCAGGCCACCAACAAUGCCUCGGUCAAUGCGCGUGUGGAGUCUCAGAUCCGUGAUGCCCGCCGCAAUAUCCAGUAUUUCGAGACGACACUACAAGACCUCCAAGCGCGGAAAUUGGGCGGGGACAUGAACCGUCUAUCACUGGGAAAUGGAGGAGGACCAGCGCCGCCAGCACACGGCUCACGAGUGAGUACGGGUGGAGGCAUGAAUAACGAAGUGGGAUAUGGCGAGGGUGCCGAUUAUGGCAACCCAGGACCUGGUGGUUAUAGUCAGGGAGGAGCUCCAGGUCUGAUGCCACCAAGAGCUCCAUAUGCUCCUCCAGGUCCCUCGGACAGGACUCCACGCGCACGUCCAAACUACAGCAAGCUGGACCUGAUUAAAUACGACACGGCCCACCUGGGUCCCCGAAUUCAGCUCAUGUUGUCUCAGCUCGAAUUCAAACUAUCUGUGGAAAAGCAAUACAAGGAGGGCUUCGACAAGAUGGUAUCUCUGUACCAAAUGGCAGGAGAUCGCAAGAGCAGGGGAGAGGCUGAGCUUCGAAGAAUGGAGAGCAACCAGAAGAUCCAGCUGCUAGGGAGAGCGCUGCGAAGAUAUGAAGAUUUGCAUGUGGAUGUUGAGAAUGGUGCCGACGGAGCGGAUGAUGACAGCUUGGACACUCCUAGUCAGCGUAAACCGCUUGCCGGACAUCUUUCCGUCCGCAUUCAUGCCGUGGCAGAUKUAGAUCAUGCAGCGACUGGUCGGUUCACCCGAGGUCCGGAUACAUUCGUCGUUAUGAAAGUCGAAGACGACAUCAAGKGGCGUACCAAGGCCACCAAGACCGAUCGCUGGACGGACGAGUCUCACGAGUUCGAUGUCGACAAGGCCAAUGAGAUCGAGUUCGCUGUCUAUGAUAAGUCGAGCGGCGAUCACCCAAUACCCAUCGGGUUGUUGUGGAUUCGGCUAUCUGACUUGGUGGACGAGAUUCGGCGAAAGAAGAUCGAAACCGAGUUUAACCAGGCGGGAUGGAUCACUGCAGACAAGAUGGAUGGAUCACCUCGACCGGACCUACAGUUUCAGCCUCCACCCAAUGCACAAGGUACUGGGAAUCCACUUGUUGGGGCCGCGUCUGCCGCUGGUGGUCCGGCAGGCUCUGGAUUAGCACCGCAGACCGGACCUGUUUAUAUCGAUUCUUGGUUCUCGCUGGAACCCGUGGGCCGAAUUCAACUGACGCUCGGCUUCGUGAAGCAGACAAAAGACCGCAGGCCUUUUGAUGUUGGUCUCAACCGUAAAGGUGCAGUCCGACAAAGAAAGGAAGAUGUUGUGKAGCAGUACGGCCACAAGUUCGUGCUUCAGACAUUCUACAACAUCAUGCGAUGCGCGCUCUGCGGCGAUUUCCUCAAAUACACCGCCGGCAUGCAAUGUGCUGAUUGCAAGUAUACUUGCCACAAGCAAUGCUACACAAAGGUUGCCACCAAGUGUAUUAGCAAGUCGAACGCAGAAACGGAUCCAGACGAGGCCAAGAUCAACCACCGCAUCCCUCAUCGCUUCGAUGCGUUCAGCAACAUGGGCGCAAAUUGGUGCUGCCAUUGUGGUUAUAUGCUACCGUUGGGCAAGCGACAGUCCCGGAAAUGCUCCGAGUGCAAGCUCACUUGUCACUCGAACUGUGUGCACUUCGUACCGGACUUUUGCGGCAUGCCUGCCGAGAAUGUUGCCGUCAUAUUAGACGCAACCAGAAGGGCAGAUCAAAACGCGAAAACCAGGAUGGUGGACAAGACGCUUAGGACGCCAGGAGCCUCCAAGCCUGGAAGGCCUCAGGCUCCUCAGUUACAAAGCUUCGCUCCGAAUACUAGUCAUCAGGAUCAGGUUACAUCAAAGGAUGAUGGCAUUCGCCCGCAGGAUCGAUUCUCCUACAAUGACAAGAGGGAGUCGUAUGAAAACCCUCCUCGAACAUCUUCUACCGCUGCCGGGCAGGCAAUGUCCGGCCCUUCUUCUCCAGAGACUAUGCACAGGCCGCCCGUGCAACGCAAGGAGUCCUCGCAAGCUGCUGCGGCCGCCGCUGCGGCGUUGCAGAGCAAGACUGGCACCAGCCAAGACCAGAGGCCUGGUUAUAACAGAACCCCAACUGAUCCACGAAGCUAUGCCGAUGGAUACAAGGAAAGCGGCGGACAGCAACGCCAACACACGCCAUACAACCCGGGCGAUUAUGCACCAGAGCGUCUGUACCAGCAGCCGGCCCAGUCGGCGCCCAUGGCGCCACCCAAACAAUACCAAUCGCAAGUGCCACAGGUGCAGCCGCCUCAAUCUCCUUCGUCUCAAAUGCAGCAAUCCCCUGUCAAACCACCGACGACUUCCAUCACGGCUCCCGUCGUGGAGGAGCGGAAACCAGCCCCGCCAGCCAACAGCGCCGGCACGGGCCGCCGCAUCGGUCUCGAUCACUUCAACUUCCUUGCAGUUCUUGGAAAGGGUAACUUUGGAAAGGUCAUGCUUGCGGAGACCAAGAGCUCCAAACAGCUGUACGCCAUCAAAGUCCUCAAAAAGGAGUUCAUCAUCGAAAAUGAUGAGGUUGAGAGCACACGCUCCGAGAAGCGCGUGUUCCUGAUUGCGAACAAGGAGCGUCAUCCCUUCCUGCUCAACUUGCACGCUUGUUUCCAAACUGAAACUCGGGUCUACUUCGUCAUGGAGUACAUCAGUGGAGGUGAUCUGAUGUUGCACAUUCAAAGAGGGCAAUUUGGCACUAAGCGUGCGCAAUUCUACGCCGCCGAAGUGUGCCUUGCAUUGAAAUACUUUCACGAAAACGGCGUCAUCUACCGUGACUUGAAGCUGGACAACAUCCUACUCACCACAGAAGGCCACAUCAAGAUUGCCGACUAUGGUCUGUGCAAAGAGGAAAUGUGGUAUGGCUCUACCACCAGCACUUUCUGUGGUACACCUGAAUUCAUGGCGCCCGAAAUUUUGCUGGACAAGAAGUACGGACGUGCUGUCGACUGGUGGGCGUUUGGUGUUUUGAUCUACCAAAUGCUUCUCCRGCAGUCACCGUUCCGUGGUGAAGACGAGGACGAGAUUUACGACGCGAUUCUCGCCGACGAGCCCUUGUACCCCAUUCACAUGCCGCGGGACAGUGUCUCCAUAUUGCAGAAGUUGCUGACCCGCGAGCCCGAACUCCGUUUGGGAUCUGGACCGACCGAUGCGCAAGAGAUCAUGAGCCACGCCUUCUUUAGAAACGUCAAUUGGGAGGAUGUCUUUUACAAGAGACUGCCGCCGCCUUACAUCCCGACCAUCAAGGGCAGAGCGGAUACGAGCAAUUUCGAUUCAGAAUUCACGAGUGUCACCCCGGUGCUGACUCCAGUUCAAUCCGUUCUUUCGCAGGCAAUGCAAGAAGAGUUUAGGGGCUUUUCAUACUCGGCCGACUUUGUUUGA